AUAGAGGCAAAAGCUGUGUAUAAAAAUCUUGCAUCUUCCACUCCCACCAUCAACUCACAUUCGCUCAUUCUAUUUCAUUCUUUCCAUCUUAACCCUCGUUUUUCGAGGAGCUGCCGUUCAAGCUCCACUCACUUUCAUCAACAACGCCACAGCCGCAAGAUGCGACUUCUCGGAACUCUCGCAGCUGUCCCCUGUGUCUUCUCGGUCUACGUCGCUGGGGAACAUGGGUAUCUCUGCUCGGAUGCUGAAGGAACUACAAACACAACCUAUGAUCAAGCUCUCGUGGAGAAAAGUGUGACGGAUGCAUGUCUUCCAGACAGCGAGCUGUCCGCGGCCGAACUCGCGGCAAACGUCGAGGCGAAGAAGUAUCCUCAGGUCUGGGUUAACUCGGAAGAUUAUGGCUUUAACGAGACCGUUUUACUUUGGAAAUACCAAGGAAACAGCUCUGAGUCUCUAGAAGAGGUUGAUGUCCUUGUUUUUACCAACAAAUCCUGUGAUAUUUUGGGAUUACUACAGACAUCCGAUGAUCAGUAUACGAUCUGCAAAGACGCGAAGGAACAAAAUGCCAAGAAAAUAAUGCAGGAGACCUUGUCUAAAAAGGCUCAGCCAGGCAUAUUUAGCGACAACAACGAAGACAACGGCAACAUCGAAUAUAGUAGUGACUACGACAAUGAAGAUGAGACACAAGCCCUUUAUGCUGUUCCUCGAGGUGAUGGCCCUCCAAAUUCUUCUAAUUCAGAUGGAUCAAAAAGAAAUCUCAAAAAUUCAUCCUCUUCUAAAGAUGUUAUUGGAUCUUUUAUAAGUAGUAAUUCACUAGGACCGCCUUCAAGAGCUGAGGCAGCUGGUGGCCCACCUCCAAGACCUGGGUCAUCUAUGGGCCCUCCUCGAGGACCCGGCGGCCCACCUCCAAGACCUGGGUCAUCUAUGGGCCCUCCUCAAGGACCUGGGGGCCCAUCUCCAAGACCUGGUUCAUCUAUGGGCCCUCCUCAAGGACCUGGCUCAUCUAUGGGCCCUCCUCAAGGACCUGGGUCAUCUAUGGGCCCUCCUCAAGGAUACGGAGGCCAAUCUCAAGGGUACCAACAACCCCAGGGAGCGUCUGCUGAAAUACCAUACGCAAAAUUGAGCUAUGCUCAAAGGCAAUAUAGGAACCGUCAAAACCUUAAUCCGGACAACACUUGGUUGGGCCAAUAUGGGGAAUAUUUUUUUCAAGAUAUUCAAAAUCCGGAUAAGUAA